GCCGACCACAGGUUUACAUGCGGCGGCUCCAGAUCUUCACCUGGGUUCUGGUCCGUGCCAAAGAGAGUCCUUUCAAUUGCAACUUGGGUCAUUUCUCCUUUGUCCAGCGACGGAAAGAGGUCGGUAGCUAUUCAGGAUUACACGUGCGGGAGAACAUCUCCUCGAAGGCCGCCAAUAGUCCUGCCAAAAUUUGACGACCGUCUUCUUCUUUGUCAAGUUCCUCGGAAUUUCACCGAUCAAUAAUCGCGUAGUUGUAUAGAAAGGCGUAGUGAUGUCUUCGUUCGGAUGCGUGCUUGCACGGUCUCGCUCAAUCCCCCACUAUGGCAACUUCAGGCCCAGUGCCGUCAAAUCAUCAGCUGCCUUGUCUUGCUCCAUUCGUCGCGGCUCUGCCACAAUCCUCAAUCUGG